AUGCCCUCCCAUAAUGUUUAUCCCAGCCCUGACGGACCCAGCCAAGUCGAUGAUACAAUUCCGAUCGCCCAGAGUCAGAGGACUUUGUUCGAAUUUGGGAUAUUUGAUCAUUCAAAGAUUCCAAUGGAGCCAGAAGAAUGGCCCGUUAUCAUCAUCGGGUCAAGUAUGGUAGGAAUGACUUUGGGCGUUCUGCUAGGAUAUCAUGGUAUCAAGUCAGUAUCCUUCGACCGCCAUCCUUCCACUGCUAUACACCCCCGCGCAGCCUUAUUUCUCCUGCGCUCCGUCGAGAUUUUCCGCCAGUUAGGUUUGGAGGAUGAACUCCGUUCAGAAAGCGCUUCAAACUUUGAUCUUGACGCUGGAAUGAUCAUUGUCGAGAAGCUAGUAGGCGGCAAGGUCCUGGCAAGUAUGCAAGAAAGUGAUCCAGCGGAAGUAGCCAAGGCCAGCCCGAGUCGCCGCUUAUGGCUUACCCAAAACAUGUUUGAGCCGCUCCUGCGCAAAAGGGCAAAGGAAUUUGGUGCCGUUCAGGAGUUUAGCGAGACCGUCGUUCAUUAUGAGGAGCUGCCAGACGGUGUACUCGUCGUGGUGCAAAACGUUCAGUCUAAGAGUUACAGGAAAUUUAAGACCAAGUAUUUAGUUUCCUGUGAUGGAAACAGGAGUGCAACAAGGAGAAAAGAAGGUAUCGAAUGGCAAGGUCCGGGACUGCUUGGUGAGAGUAUUUCUAUCAACUUCAAAGCCGAUCUAACCCCAUACCUCGGAACUCGGGCUAAGCAUGGCGUCACCUAUAUUUCUAACCCUGCUAUCGAUGCUGGCUUUCGCUUGGAGAGCGGAGGCAAGGCUGGUUUUAUGAUCGUCACACGAGCAGGCGAUAAAAAGUCCUUUUCUCCAGACUCAGUCUCUGAACGAGACGCGAAGCGAUAUUUCAAGGAAGCAAGCGGCAUUGAGGACGACAUCGAUAUUAAGGUCGACUCUAUCUCAUACUGGUCGGUAGCUGCCUUCAAUGCCGAGCGCUUCAUGAGCGCAACUGGCCGCGUGUUUAUUGCAGGAGACGCAGCACAUGUGAUGCCCCCAACUGGCGGAAUGGGCGGUAACACCGGUAUACAGGAUGUCCACAACCUGGCAUGGAAGCUUGCGUAUGUUCUAAGAGGGGAAGCCAGCGCUCCGCUUCUCCAAACCUAUGAUGCUGAGCGACGGCCAGUAGCUGGACUUCUUAUGUGCCAAGCCUACUCAAGGCUUCAGAAACGAGUGUUUCGCACUGUCCCAGAUGAGCCAGAACUUCCCGACAUUGUAUGCGAGAUAGGUUAUCGUUACCCUUCUGCUGCUGCUGCGCACAUACAAAACCCCAACGGCGACCAGUACGAAGACCCGCAUGCACCACUUGUAUUGCCAGGAAGUCGACUCCCGCAUGUGUUUCUUUCACGAGACGGUUCCCAGAUAUCUACCUUGGACUUGAUUAAGACGAAUUUCGUUCUUUUGACCACUGGUCAAUCAUCAUCAUGGAUCGAAGCGGCCAAAAGUAUGACACUUGAGAUAGACUCUCACAGUAUCAACAGGGACACUGGUACCGUCAGGGAUUCUGAAGGCUCUUUCAGUCGUAUUUGUAGGAUCUCUGAAGGCGAGGCUAUCCUGGUCCAGCCUGAUGGAUUUAUUGCCUGGCGAGGCGAAAGGAGGAAGGAUGGGCAUAGAGAUCAGUUACAGAAGGCAUUGGAACUUGUUUUAUACAUAACCAAGAACUAA